AAUUAGAUAUCUAAUUAACUUCAGACAAAAUCAUGGGAUCAUCUUUCAGCUGCUGUGGUUCAGAAAGAUCAGUAGAUCGAGGGAUCGCCGGGGUUAACAAUAAUUCAUGGAGGAUUUUUACGUACAAGGAGUUGCAUACGGCUACGAACGGUUUCCAUGAGGACAACAAACUCGGGGAAGGAGGAUUUGGAAGUGUUUACUGGGGAAAAACAAGCGAUGGGCUGCAGAUAGCGGUGAAGAAGCUGAAAGCGAUGAAUUAUAAGGCAGAAAUGGAGUUUGCAGUGGAAGUGGAGGUGCUUGCGAGGCUAAGGCACAAGAACUUGUUGGGUUUGAGGGGUUACUGUGUGGGGACUGACCAGAGGCUUAUAGUUUAUGAUUACAUGCCAAAUCUGAGCUUACUGUCUCAUCUCCAUGGCCAAUUUGCUGCUGAAGCUCAAUUGGAUUGGAAAACAAGAAUCAAGAUCGCUCUUGGCUCUGCGCAAGGCAUUAUGUAUUUGCACCAAGAGGUAACACCCCACAUAAUCCACAGAGAUAUCAAAGCAAGCAACAUUUUGUUGGAUUCAGAUUUUGAGCCACUUGUAGCUGAUUUUGGGUUUGCAAAACUAAUACCAGAGGGCGUCAGUCACAUGACAACUCGAGUGAAAGGAACCUUAGGAUAUCUUGCUCCCGAAUACGCCAUGUGGGGUAAGGUUUCAGAGAGUUGUGACGUUUUUAGUUAUGGGAUUCUUCUGCUAGAGCUCAUGACAGGAAGAAAGCCAAUAGAGAAACUUCCUGGCGGAGCAAAGAGAACCAUUAUUGAUUGGGUUGACACAAUGAUAAACAAAGGCAGGUUCAAGGAUUUAGCUGAUCGUAAGCUAAAGGGACAGCUUAAUUGGAAGCAGUUCGAGCACAUAAUCCAUUUGGCAAUCAUGUGUGUGCAUCAGGACCCAAAUAAACGGCCUACCAUAAAAGAGGUGGUGGAGAGUUUGAAAGGGUCGAUGCUUGAUAAUGGAGAACACAAAGGAAACGUUAAGGCAAUGCCUAUGAGUGUCCAAAGUGUUAAAUAUAUUGACCAUGAAGAGGUGUUUGAAAAUGAUCGUGUGAUCAUGAGCAAAGAAGAUCGUGGAGCUGGCCCAGAAGAAAGCUUUGAUUAUGGGGUUUUCAGUGCUAUUGAAGAGCAGAAGAUGAGAGAUUGGAGAAUGGUUCAGAAGAUAUAAGCAUAUGUCAAGCAAAAUUUAAUCCAUCUUAUGGUUAAUAUAAACAUAUAGGAAAGCGGAUGUUCUAAGUGUUUUGUUUUGUUUUUGAG